CACCUAAACACAUAGUGGGGGUUAUUCUUCAGGGAUAUGUGCCUCAAGGGGGUCACACAAAGGUAAUUAGGGAUCGUUCCACUUUUCAUCAUAAGUGACUCGCCUUUCCCAUGGGAUCUAAGUAAAUUAACUACACAUUAUCAUUUGGUAAGGUAACUAAAUCAAGGUUUGACAUCUGGUUUGGAUAUUACAUCUGCAAGGAAUAUCCUGGUGAGUUUUGGAUUUAUUACAUUUUGUGGGGAACUACCUUGGGGAGCUUUUGGAUAUUUUUAAAAACAUUUUUCUCCUAAAAAUCGGAUCUAACCUUGAUUUUUACUUGGAAUCGCCUUAAACUGGAAGUAAAUCCCUGUUAUGAAGGAUGUACUUUUCUUUGAAGAAUCCAUUCAAAUUACUUAGAGGAUCUCCCAUCUUGGGUUGUCAAUUGUUUUUUCCUCUUGGCAACAGCUGAUGGUUGGACUACUUUUACCAUUUUUUUGCAUCUGUGGAUAUGGCCUGCACUGGAUUAAAGUUUUUGAAGAAGUCGAUGAGAGAACGUUUUUACACUUCACAAGAAAAACAAAUAUAAUGUGCAUUUCCUAGGCUAUCUCAGUCAUUUUAGGAUGAGAUUAAGUAUUUAUAAUUAACACAUGUUGUCCCAGUUAUGGAAGCUCUACCAAGAAGACUUUGCAAGAACACCCAGGAUCCAAACAACCAACCAGCAAAGUUUGUGGAGCUAUUCUUGUUUUGGAUAGAUGGCCAUGAAGACGCAUGAAGACCGCAUAGUUGGGAUGUACACCCCUGGAUGUAUGCACUACCCGAUACCCCAUGUUGGAUGUACUGAUGUGGACCCUAGUAUGGAUAGGUGUAGCUGCCAUGCUUUGGGAUUACUCGAGAGUGGAUGUAGCUGUGUGAAGCCUCAGUGAGUAGAAGAGCGCUCCAAGUAUGUCAAAGAGAGCUGAAGAGAACUUUAUCAAAGGAACUUGAAAUGUAACUGCAAAAAGAAGACACCUUUUGCAUAAGUAGACCUGAUAAUAUCCAUGGAUUGUGGAAUUAUGUCAUCCUAUGAGCCCAUGAGGAUUUUAUUCCCUGUGAUCGUAGUGUCUGCGAGUCUACAAGCUUGUGUGAUGUUAACGUUCACCAGUGGAAUAAAUUUUUUUUAACCUUUUUUUAUUUUCACAUGAAGCCUAAUUAUUGGAACAUACCACUUCAUCAUACCACAAGACAAGACUGAUCCAGUCGGAUGUAUUUUCCUUUCGGGCAUCAGUUUACUGGUAUAAACAACCUGGAAUGCGCUGAAUUACACUGAAGUUCAUCAUCUUUUUCUUUUUUUUAAUCCAUAUUUAUUUAUUCAGAUCUCAUCUUCCUAUAGCGUUUUUUGCACCACAUGUCGUGAAAUCCAUAAAAAGGUCCAUUUCUGUGAUUGUUUUGUUUUUUUUCCUUUUCCAUCCAGUGAAGAGAAAUAAGUAGCCUAACUGUGGAUUAUACCUCAACAAUCUACUGGCCUGGUGCUCCACAGUAUUUGAAGAUUACGUGCAGUGCGAUUCAAGAGAACCGUUUUUUGCCUAAUUAGAUCAAUUGAUUUUUCCCCUUGGUUUUUCAUUCGGGCUCUCACAUUCUGACCACCUAGAUUUUAUUUGGAUUAGAUUCGGUAACUUCUUUCCAAAAAGUAGCUCAGAGACCCGUGAACGUGCAUAUGAUCACAGCCCAUAUGGACACCAUGAGCGCAGCGGCACUUUCGACAGACAGCGUCACUACAACGCUGAUUAUUACAGAGAUCGCUCAAUGUUUGCUGCUGCUGGCCCAGGGAGCAGUGCUAUUGCGGGAAGCUUUGAGGCAUCGGACCCACAUUUUGACUCUAGAAUUCGAGACCCCUUUACUCUUACUAAUUCGACACGACGGGACCCAUACAGAGAUGACAGAGGACGACGUGUUGAUAGAACCUACCAUCACCGUAGGAGUCGAUCAUCUCAUUCCUCUGCGUCAAGGCACCCAUCCCCACAGCGGACCACGGGACAAACCCCCAAAACUUCUCAUUCCCCUAAAAGAGCUCCUUUGUCCCCUGGAAGAGGCCCGCGAUCUCGAUCCAGGAGCAGAUCUUCAAGCUCUGAUUCUGUCAGUAGCACUAGCAGCACGGGCAGCGGCAGCGAUUCGAACAGCAGCUCAAGUGAUGGGUCUCGUGCACGUUCUGUACAGUCGUCAGCUACACACGCACCUAAUCAGUCAUCAAUGGUGCUUGAUUCAGAUGAGCCACGCAGGAGUUUUGGAAUUAAAGUACAAAACCUACCAGUGCGUUCCACAGACACAAGUUUAAAAGAUGGACUUUUCCAUGAAUUCAAGAAACAUGGCAAAGUGACCUCAGUCCAGAUCCAUGGGGCGUCAGAAGACCGUUACGGUUUGGUGUUCUUCAGACAGCAGGAGGAUCAAGAGAAAGCCCUUACUGUGUCCAAAGGGAAGCUGUUCUUUGGCAUGAUGAUUGAAGUAACUGCCUGGAAUGGUCCUGAAACAGAGAGUGAAAAUGAGUUCAGGCCCUUAGAUGGACGGAUAGAUGAGUUCCAUCCAAAGGCCACAAGGACACUGUUUAUUGGCAACCUUGAGAAGACCACCAGUUAUCAACAACUCCUUGACAUUUUUCAGCGCUUUGGAGAAAUUGUGGACAUCGACAUCAAGAAAGUAAAUGGAGUUCCCCAAUAUGCUUUUGUGCAGUAUUCUGAUAUAGCCAGUGUCUGCAAAGCCAUUAAGAAAAUGGAUGGAGAGUAUUUGGGGAGCAACAGACUGAAGCUUGGGUUUGGGAAAAGUAUGCCCACAACUUGUGUCUGGCUAGAUGGCCUGGCAACCAGUAUUACAGAGCAAUACCUCACUCGGCAUUUCUGUCGCUAUGGACAUGUAGUUAAGGUUGUGUUUGAUAGACUGAAAGGGAUGGCCCUCAUUUUGUACAACAACACAGAUUUUGCCCAGGCAGCUGUAAGGGAGACCAAAGGCUGGAAGAUUGGUGGCAACAAAAUAAAGGUGGAUUUUGCGAGCCAAGAGAGUCAGAUGGCAUUCUAUCGAUCUAUGCAGACAUCUGGUCAAGACAUUAGAGACUUCUAUGAAAUUCCUCCUGAACGAAGAGAGGAGCGCAGACCUCCAUACCACGAAUUUACUGCAGAAAGGGCUUACUAUGAGAAUAUACGAACCCCUGGCCUCUAUCCAGAGGAUGCUCGAAGAGACUAUGCUGCUCGCAGCAGAGAACGUUUUCCUGAACUGGAACACUAUCAGGGGGAUCACUUUGACCCUCGUUACCAUGAAGACCCAAGAGACUACAGGGAUUACAGAGACCCAUUUGAGCAAGACAUUCGAAAAUACACAUAUAUUCAAAGGGAGCGAGAAAGAGAACGAGAGCGCUUUGAGGCUGACCGCAGCAGGUGGAGCCCUUCACACCCAAGACGACCUGUUACUCCGACAGUAUCGCCUUCACCAUCUGAGCGGGCUCCCAGAGACUCAGAACGACGGGUUUACAGCCAGUCCUCUGAGCGAAGUGGAAGUGUGAGCUCAAUGUCACCACCACACUUUGACAAAUCUGAAAAGACCCUGCUGGAACAUGCCUCAAAGAGUGACAAGAGUGAGAAGAGCAGUCAACCAGAUCGUGUGGUAGGUGCUGAGAAGACCAAACGUGCAAAACGAAAAGAGAAAGGUGACAAAGACAAAACUGAUAAGGUUAAAUCAAGGAAAGCAAAGGGGCAGUCCCCAUCCAACCCACUGCCAGAAUCAGAGCUUGAGGCCAGUUUUGAUGGUACGCCUGGAAGAGGAAGGGGAUCAGACCAAGACACUCAUGAGAAGCAGAAAGGCAAGGGGGAUGGUGACUCCCUUACUGCAAAUCCGUUGUCAACUGCCCAUCAUGACUCUGUAAAAAGUGAAAGAUCUGAAAUGAGUAAAAGUGAGAAUUCAGACAUGGAUGGAAAAAGUCGACUCAAGAAACAUCUGAAGUCUGAUACUGGAAAUGAUGGGAAAGAUUCAUCUGUGGAUUCAGAUCGCCUUGCUGCAAGAAAGAGGCGCUUUGCUGAAUCUGGGGGAAGAACUAUUCGCCAGAAAAGGAGUAGGCAUGAAGAAGAGGAUGGUAUUCACUCCUCUGACUUUGGCCCCAGUGCCACAUAUUUGAAAGAGGCAGAUACUGACAAACACAAAGACUCCCAGCGGAGAGAUUCAAGACCCAAAACUGAUAAAAGUGGCACUCAGAAGGACAGUCAAGAGGAUGUCAGAGGACAAAGAGAGAAAUCGGAGGGAUCUUUGGACCCAGUGGAGUCAAAACGACAUCCAGGGCACACUUCAUCCAGAGGGUUUUCCCACGAGGGGAUUACAGACCAAAGCAGUAUCAGAGAGCAAGAACACCAAGCUGCUUUCAAAUUUUGUGCUCAGAAUGCUGACACUGACAAAAGUGCUAAAAACAAAGAGGACCAUGUUGACAUUGACCUCUCUCAAAGUUACCGCAAGCAAAUGGAGCAAAAUAGACGAUUGCACCAGCAGCAACAGCAGCGCGAGUCUGACAAACCUGACAAACCAGUAAGUCCCCAAGGAAGUGAAAUGGAUGACUUGGAACAUCGUAGUCUUGUGCAUGAGGUUGGAAAACCACCUGAGGAUGUCACAGAUAAUUUUCCAUCUCACAAACUAAAGAAACUAGAAUUUGACACCGACAUGGGGAUUAAGAGGGAACGUGUCUACAGGAGCUUCAGACAAAAAAGCGAAGAUCCUGACUGGAACAACACCGCCUCUCCUGGUCAUCAGCACUUCCCUCACCAUGUAGAUGAGGACUUUGUGGAUCCUUGUCAGAAGGAGUUGAGUAGAAAUGAAGAAAAAAUUCACCCAGAUCUGGAGCUUUUAGUUAAAAGGACACAUAACACACAGGUAAACAAGCAAAACACGCCUGUACUUAGUGUGGAAGAAGAGCAACAAAAGAGAUGGGAGAGCAGAGUGAAACAAGACUUGUUACCUGACCUGAACUUUUCUAGAAGUCUUAGUAAAAACAUUCACAAUCGCAAACAUUUGGAAUAUGGUAUCUGGCAUGACUUGGAGCCGGGAGAAGUACGAUCUGACCCUGAGGAUGACAGAGAGACCAAACCCCGCUCUCCCAUGCCCUCAACAUCUAUGCCUUUUUCUGAAAGGCCAAGGGUUGACAGGUUUUCAGACCCCAAACUAGCACACCUCGAAAGGAACAAAUUCUAUUCCUUUGCACUUGAUCAGACCAUCACACCUGAUACGAAGGCUCUGCUUGAGCGUGCAAAAUCUCUGUCUUCUUCCAGAGAAGAUAACUGGUCAUUUUUAGAUUAUGAUUCUCACUUUGCAAGCUUACGUAACAGAAAGGACACUGAGAAGGUAGAAGCAGCACCGCGACCAACACCCUCCUGGUACAUGAAAAAGAAAAAGAUUCGAAGUGGAUCUGAAGACAAACUUGAUGACAGGAAGGAGGAGCCUAAGCCUGAGGAACCAGAACGCAGGGAACUGUUUGCUUCCCGCUUCCUUCACAGCCCCGUCUUUGAGCUGGACUCUCGACGACUUCAACACUUGGAACGCAAACAUGAAGAACCAGAGUCUACACAAAACCAGCCACCUGGUCAGCAAGUGACAGUUGAUGGUGAACCUGACUCAGGGCCAGUUGUUCUUUUCCAUAGUCGUUUUAUGGAACUCAUGCGACUACAGCAACAGAAGAAUAAAAUCCAUCAACUGCAAGAGGCAAAAGCUGACAUGGUGCUCAUGGAUGAGAGUAAAGUGGAAAAAUCACCUGUUCAAGAGCAACCAGCUUUGCAGUCAUCUGAAACAACAGAAUCAACCAUGGAGCCAGAAAUUAAACCUAUUAGUCCUGCUGAGACCCUGAUUUCUGAACCUCAGCUCACAUCUACUUCUGUCCCCCAAUCUCUAGUCAAGGACAUUCCACCACCAGAAGAUAAAUGUGUUGCUUUAAAUCCUGCCCCUGAUCCUUGUCCCUCUGGGUCUGUCAUAAAAGAAGAGGCAAAGGAUGAUGCAAAAGAAAAUGAAUCUGUCGCACCUGUGCACCACCCACAAACUGAGACAUCACCUGACUCUCAAAAUGCACCAAUGAUAGUACCUGAACCCAGUUACUCAGUGGAUGGAACUAAUCUUUCUCCGUCUAAAGGGAAACUAGAAAUUAUUGCUGAGGAUGUAAAACCUUGCUCUACAGAAAAACCAUGUCGCCGUGAUUCUCAUGAGUUUGUUAGCAGUUCAGAUGCAGAGCUGGAGCCUGAGAGCACACAAACAGAAGUGCCUGAAGCCAGUAGUAGUCUCAUACAACCUAGUCUGGCAGAGGAAGUGGAUUUUGUCAAGAAAGAGUCCCAGUCCACUUCUAGAACAAUAGCUGAGCCUGAGGUAGAGAAGAAACCUCAAAUUAGUAAAGGGCAGACGCCUAGUGAUAAUGACACAAUUGAUGAGCCAAUCUCACCUCAAAAAGAGCAUAAAACAAAAGAAAUGAAAAAUAAAAAGGGCAAACAAUCCCCUGCUCAAAUUGCUCCAGUUCCUGUCAUGUCUGCCUCUGGUUCUGAGAAACAAGCAACACGCAAGAGUGAGCGCAUUGACAAAGAGAAGCUGAAACGUGGCUCAUCUCCUAGAGCUGACUUGAAGUCCACAGGCAAAUCUCCUAUUCAUGGAUCAGAUCCUGAUACACUGGAGCAGAGUAUACCGUUAGGCAGAGCAAGACGAAGAAAUGUUAAAUCUGUGUAUGCCACCCCAGUUGAAGAUGACGCACCUAUUCGUCCUGGAAAGGAAAUGACAGAGUCGCCACGCUCUGCACGAAAGCGAGCCACAGACAAAGACGCAACACAACAACAAAAUAUCGAACAGGAUCCACCUGCCCCUGCCCCAGCCCCUACAACUAAACGCGGGCGCCCUCCCAAGAAUCGCAGACAAGGUGACGACAGUUCAGCUGCUAAAGUAGAAAAAUCAAAAAUUGACAACAAAGACACUGAUUCAAAUGAAUCAGAAAGUGGUGAACGAAUUCCCAGAGUGUCAAAAGGGAAAACAUCCCCUCAUGGCACAAAAAGUUUAUUGAAUCAGAUGUCCACAGUACUGGGAUCUGGAUCAACUAAGAAGGGGGAAAAACCUGAAGCGACUGAGGAUGAUGAUCAGGAUAUGGAUUUCACAGAUGAGGAUCCCUUGGCUUUGCAAGAUUCAUCAAGUUCAUGUAAAGAAGAUCCAUUAGUCAAAGUUGACCAAAAGAAGGAGGAGAAAGACAAACAAGGAAGAGAAUCAGGCAGAGAGAAGGAUUGUGAGGGUAAAUCCAAUGGGAAAGAGACAGAUUCCCUAGUCUUAGAAGAGAAACCCGCCUUGGAAAAAGAAAGGAUUGUUAGAGGAAAAACCAAGUUGACAAGAAAUCCUAAAUCUCCUGUCCUCAAGAACCUCAAAAUCAGACUAAAUGUCACAGAAGUUAAAGAACUUCUUCAGUUGGGGGAUGAUGAGCUUGGGAAUCAAGAGGAUUCCACAAAAAAGUCAGGUGGCAGUGAGCAAAGUGAUGACGUUUCAAAGUGCACUAAUACUAACAGAGGAAGCUCCAACAAUUUAGAAAAGGAAAAUGCUGCUUUGGAAAUAAAGGAACUCCCAGAAGCACCAGUAAGUGUCAUUUCACAGGAGCUGGAACUGGAGCAGGCCGUGGAGAACAUUGCUAAAUUCACCGAUCCAGCUUUUCCAACAGAACCACCAACUCCACCUGUCCCACCUACAGAAGUAAGAAGUGACCCAGAGGAAGAAAAACCGCCUUAUCCUGCUAGUGAGACAGAACUUAUGGCGGCUAUUGACUCAAUAACUGCUGGGGAAGCAACUGUAUCCUUACCUCAAGCACCUCCACCAAGUACAGAUGUAGGUUCAGAAUCUGAAAUGCAAGACUUCAUUCAGCCUGCCAAAGAAGAAGAACCUGAAACAAAUACACCUGCUAUACAGGAGGAACCUGUCUUCCCAACCACACCCAAAAAGGGAACCAAGGGAAGACCUAAAACACCUAAACGUCCUAAAGCCCAAAAGCAAGCUAAAAAAGAUGUAAAGGAAGAAAAUGUAAUAACUGAGGAAUUGACAACUCCCCUAACAGAUAGCACUGCUUCGACUGAGAAGACUAUUCCUGAAACAACUCCAUCAUCAGCAACUGCUGCGGUAAUUACUCCUACUACUUGGAAGUCAGAACCUGAGCCUUCAGCUGUCAAGGAUAAAGAAACAAAUGCCGAGCCAGAGUCUUCAGAAGAACACGUUCAACAUUUUAAAUCUGUUAUUCCCCUAUCUAAGAGUCCAAUAUGCCCAAAGCCUCAACAGGUGCCGCCUGAGUGCAUCUCUCCUUCCCUGUCUCCACUCGCUAACAGGCCAAAUAUCAGACCGACCCCCCCAACAAUAAGAAAUCCUGUUUCUCCUCCAGAUUGGCGUCACCAGUCUAAGGAUACUGCAGUCUGCUCUUCACCUGUUAUGCCUUUGGCAUCCAAGGAAAACCAGCCUUUACCCUCAGACUCUGAAAACAUGGUUAUUGAUCAUGGAACAAGUGACUUGAGACAGAUUCUUAUGAAACACAAAAACAUAUCACUGCCAGGAAGUAGUCCUAUUCCUGGUAAUCUACUCACCCUUCGAGAUCAGAACCCCUCUGAAAGUAAUACUCCAUCAGCUGUAGUGCCAAAUAAGUCACCACUAUCUGAUGGUAGAAUGCCAGCUCAUCCAGUUCCAUCUGUUGUUCGACCCCCAGCCUCUCUACCAUCUCCUGAGACGAAGUCUGUAAUCUCUGUUAUUGCAUCCACUGCAACCUCUGUUAUCAGUCGUGUUUGCAACCCUCCUGAGCCUGAGGACAAAGUUAACAUAAAUAUUGCAAACCCCUGUGUGGACAUGGCUCUGCCCAAACCGACCUAUAGGCCCAGCAAAGACGAUACUGGAUCAUACCAUGGGCAGCCGGUUGGUGAUGAGGUGGGAAGUGCUGCACGCUUCAUUGUUGAGAGCCCCAAUCUUGGUUCAGGAUCUUGCCCAGGUCUGAGAGUAAAUACAUCUGAAGGAGUGGUAGUGUUGAGCCACUCAGGCCAGAAAACAGAGGGACCACAGAGGAUAAGUGCAAAAAUAAGUCAGAUCCCACAAGCAACAGCAGGUGACAUGGAAUCUCAGCAGUUAGUAUCCAUGCCCCAGAUAAAACAGGAAAUGUAUGGCCACUCUCAUUCAGCACUUCAAAAGGGGCCUUCAUCACAGACAGAUCAUGGGCAUCCUGGUAAGAUGCAGUCAACUUUGUCUUCUAUUAAACAAGAAAGCACUGGUUUAGAAAAGAUGGAGUCUGUUUACCAAUCUGGACCUCAAGGAGUAGUGAAGCGUCUCACACAGGGUAACCAGCAAGUAAUGAGCUACCAUCAAGAGUACAUGCCUAUAAAGCAUCAAAAGAAGAUGGACAGCGUUGAUUCUCACAGUACUGAUGGAGCUAAACCAUCUUGGACAGCCACUAUAAGUCCGGCAAUAAGCCCUCAUUUGCCCUCUCCACCUGGCAACCAUGUAGGUUUUGUUACAACAGCUGGUGACAGAGCUCCCUCACAUAUCAGUGGAAUCAAACAAGAGCCACGAUCCCCUCGCAAGUCGGGUCAUCCGCACUCUCCCUUUACUAAAGUGUCCUCGCCCAUAGGAUCCUCAUCACCCAAGGGCAUACCAGUGAUGCUGCCCUCUGGCCUGCCUGCCAUGCAACAGUUCAUUUCUGGUGUACAUCAUCCAGAACAGUCGGUUAUCAUGCCACCUCACAGUGUGCCUGGAGGCUUAGGACGCAUGUCUCCUCAUCGGGUUAGUCAGUCAAUUCCAGUGGGGCAUCUUGUCCAAGGAGAUGUACGGGUCAAUACUCCACCCCUCUCUGUGAUGAGCUACGGGAUGCAUAGUGAGUCUCUUGCCUCUCCUUGGUCUGGUCCCAUGCAGCAACGGCCCACCUCACCCCAAGCUGUUGGCAGAGACAAAGUUCUCAAGGUAAACCCCAGUUCAUUGAGGAGUCUUGAGCAGGAACAGGAAGAAACCAGACGUUUUCACCAGGCUGCUGGGAGACAAGCUGCCACACAGCUAAAACCGGACACUAUGCAGCCAGAUCCUCGCGGGCCAUUGCGGAAUAGUGUCCAGUUAGAAACAUACAUGACACAAAGAGAUAUGCGUGUGCUCCUGCACCAACAGGGGGACCGUUUGGCCACAGAUGCUCAUUCUGGACACAUUCAAGACACUCUUCCCCCCUCUUCAGCACCUUCUAGCCUACCCUUAUCCUUGUCUCCAAGAGCACAUGUUUUGCCUAAAGGUGUUUCUGAGAAGGAUAUAACAAAGCCAUUGGAAGCAAAGAGGCCACACUCCCCUCUUCCUAAAGAUGGAAUGAUGGCAAUCCGACAAUCUGGGCAAGCGAUGGCAUCUCCCCAGAGAGUUCAGCUACUAACACCAGGACCUAGUGGGUCAUUCCCAGAGUACUCAGGGAUGUACUCAAACCCAAGAGGCAUCCAUUCUCAAAUGCCAGAGACGUCUUCUGUUGGACUUAACCAGCCACCACUGAGUGUCACACCCACCAUGGGUGCGGACCUCCAGCCAAAACCAGAUGGCAAGAUGACGCAACCUGUUAAUAUGGUGCAGUUGCUUAAGAAAUACCCCAUUGUGUGGCAAGGCCUGCUGGCACUGAAGAAUGACACAGCUGCAGUCCAGUUGCAUUUUGUCUGUGGCAACAAAGCUUUGGCUCAUCGAUCACUGCCCCUUCAAGAAGGAGGCGCAUUGCUUAGGAUUGUACAGAGAAUGAGGCUAGAGGCUUCGCAACUAGAAAGUGUAGCCCGAAGAAUGACGGGAGACACUGACUUCUGUCUUCUCCUCGCUCUGCCAUGUGGACGAGAUCAAGAUGAUGUCCUAAACCAAACUCAAGCUCUAAAGGCUGCAUUUAUCAACUAUUUGCAGGCAAAGUUGGCUGCUGGAAUCAUCAAUAUUCCUAACCCAGGUUCCAAUCAGCCUGCAUAUGUGCUACAGAUUUUCCCACCGUGCGAGUUUUCUGAGAGCCACUUAUCCCAGCUCGCCCCUGACCUUCUCAACAGGAUCUCCAGCAUCUCACCACACCUCAUGAUUGUCAUCACCUCUGUGUAACUGUCACUGCUGGGAACCAUCCCAGAGAUGGAUGUUCUUGCUGAUGAGCCUCAGGAAACCAGAGGAAUAAGAGAAUUUUUGUUUUUUCUUCCUGGACACAAUGGGAAUGUGUAGGACGUACUCUAUCAACUUUUUGCUUUUUCUCCCCAUCAGUCUUUUUUUCUUUUGUCACUCUGGUAUUUUUGUCCUUCUCAAAUGAACUCAGGGAUGGACCAAACCAGAAUCAGUCUUAUUCAACCAUUUCUCUGCUGUAUUUCUAUUUAUUGGAGUUUAAUUUUAAUGUUCGGAGAUGCUCUGAAGAAAAAUCAGGAUGUUUGAUGAACAAGAAUGAGUGACUAUCUGGGUGGCCUUUUUUUUCAUCUGUCUUUUAUUGAUUGUCAUUCGUUUCUUCUCGAGAGAGGAUCAUGUAAGCUGUUGUACCACAAUGGCUAUGAAGACAUUUCAACAUGAAAUUUUAAAUAAUUAUGUACAGACUUCCUCGCCCAGGCUUUCUUUAGAGGAGAAAGAAUUGUAAAACUAUGGAGACCCUGUAGAGGACCACUUCGUUUAACAGCUCCUUUAAUUCCACCAGCUCUGCUCAUUUUCUCACACUACUGAAGCAGUCACACCUGCCUUUGCAUCGAACAAGCUACAGUUUGAUUUGGGAGUUUUUGAAUACAGUACUUUGUAAAUAUUUUAAAUAUUUAAACUUUGACAAUGGAACUUGACAGAGACAUGAACUCUGGGACACCAGAACGCAGAGUGUGGAAAUUCAAAUGGAUGUCCUUGAUUUUUGGGUGUAAAUACUUGUAACACAAGAAGGUUGGCAAACUCUCCUGUGGAGUCUGCUGUUGGCACUUCAUAUUUUGUAACUCAAAUAAAACAAACUCCAGAAAACUUGAA